AUGGUUACCUUUACAACCGAUUACUGGGCUCCGGCUUUAGAUAGUAAAGCUCGUCGUCGUGUGACUGAAUCUGAAGCAAAGGAGAUUCUACACGUUGCCAAAGAACGUAAAACGAGAGCACCAAAGAGAAAUCUUAGUUUACCUGUUGUUAGCCCCAACAAUCUCACCAAUCCACUUCAAGCAGUGUUUGUAAAACCCAUAAACGAGUCUGAAGAUAUUUCUACUACUUCCCUUUCAACCAAUUCUACUGAUAACACUCCUUCUGUUGAUGAGGCUAAUAAAUCCAGCGAACCUUUGUGUGAAAAUGGAAUUACUUUAAAUGGAAAUUCUUCAAAUGGCACUUCCAUAAAUGGUUCUACCGAACCAAAAAAGAUCACUUUUGUUCGGAGUAUCCAAAAACUUUUGAUCCAUGAAUCAAAAUCUCCUGUGGCAUCUCCUCUUGGUUCACCUGAACAAGAAAAAGAAGAAUUUAAUUUCAAUGUCACUCCCGAUGGCAGAACAAUGUUGAAAGAAAUUCUUAAUCCCAAAUUGGAACUUGAUGAAAAACAAUCUCAACGUAGUGAUUCGGGUAGUGGUAGCGACAGUGGUAAAGCGACUGAUACUGAAUCCAUGUUAAUAAAAAAAUACGGGGUGUGUGAUAAGGGUUGUAUCGGUAAAGGUGCUACUGCCGUCGUUCGUCUUGCUCACAAAUUUGAUCAGUCGGAUUGCGAAAAAACUUAUGCUGAGUUUAGAAAAAGAAGAAAGAAUGAAUCUGAAAAAGAUUAUGUAAAAAAAUUAACUAGCGAAUUUUGUAUAAGUUCUACAUUACAACAUGUUAACGUUGUCAGAACAGUAGAUUUGGUUCAAGAUGAAAAUCAUAAUUGGUGUGAAGUUAUGGAAUAUUGUGCUGGUGGUGAUCUUUACACUGCUAUAAAAUCUGGCCACAUGGCAACUACUGAGAUAGAUUGUUGUUUUAAACAACUUAUUAGAGGUGUUGAAAACUUAUUGCUUGAUGAAAAUGGUCAUUUGAAAAUCACUGAUUUUGGUGUAUCAGACGUUUUUAGAACAUGUUGGGAAGAAGCUGCACAUAUGUCCAAAGGUCUUUGUGGUUCUGAGCCAUAUAUUGCUCCGGAGCAAUUUGAAACAAAAGAAUAUGAUGCUCGACUUGUUGACGUUUGGGCAUGUGGUAUUGUAUAUUACUGCAUGAUAUAUCAAGGAAUUCCAUUUAGGAUGGCAACUCCAUCAGAUCCAAAUUACACAAACUACCUAGAAACGAAAAACCUUGGUUUAUAUGAACCUUUCGAAAAACUUCCUUCAGGUUGUCGGGAGUUAAUGUAUAAAAUUUUAGAACCUGACGCAAAAAAACGUAUCACUAUCGAACGAAUAGAGAAGGAUACAUGGUUCCAAAUGAUUGAAUGUUGUGCUGGAUCUUGUAGUCUAACGAAAAAGCAUAACCAUGUUCCACCAGAUUAUUUGAAAGAGAUUCAAAAUAAUCAAAAUAAUUCUGUUAAAAAGUAA